AUGGAGAAUCCUCAGUCGUGGGCGGGCUGGGCAGUCUUUGUGAGGCUCAAGAACCCGCCAAUCAGCCUGACAGGAAAGAUCGAACGGCUCGUCCCCGGCGAAAACGUCACCUUGGUCAACGUGUGGAUCGAAAACAAGGAAUGGCGCGGGCGGAUCGUGAUCGCUUCUAGUGAUAUCGCGGAUCUUCAGAUCCAGGAGGAAUCCGAGCCCCAGCAGUCGUACCAGCAGCCCACCCCGCCAGCAGCGCCUCUUGCGCAGGUGCAACAGCAUACGGCAACUUCUGGAUAUCAGAGCAUGGGCUCGCCUACUACGCCCACCGCGCCAACCCAAUACGCUUCCAUGUAUCAGGGCCAUAACCACCAGCAGCAGCAGCAGCAACAGCAGCAGAGCGCACCUUUUGCUCCCGCAUUGCAAGGACUAUUUCAAGCAGCCGCGCAAGAACAGGCACCCGCAGCGCCUCAGCCCUCCAAGCCGGCGUUUGUCGACCCUGCGAUCCUCUCGAUGGGAAAGCCGCCAGUCAGAGCUUCGCCAGGAGCUACGAGCCAGGCGCCUCUGGUCAACGCCUCCCCUCAAUCAAUCCAACCUUUAUCGGCAAUGUCCAAUCGCCCGCUCUCGAACAACAAGGCGCAGCGUUCGCCGAUCCCGAAAGUCACAUUUGGGGAGACAUCCAGGGAGCAGACGCCUAAGGGAACCCUUGUGGAAUCUAUGGAAAGUCUGAACGUGCGAGCUGAGCUGGCUGAUACUGAUGCCGGCGCGGCUGAGGAAGAAGCCGCAGCCGAACUGCAGGAAAACCAAGCUGGCGCAUCCAAGAAGAACCGCAAGCGAAAUCGAAAGAAGAAUGCCCAAGAAGGUGCCGUGGAGGACGCAACUCCAUCCAAGGGCGCGCGUCAGGGAAAGAAGGGCAAGGGCUGGCGAGAGACUCCGAUGUUGGAAGACACAGCCUCUUUCCAACCUUACAAAGCUUUGCGCCGGAAUCAGGGCAACGUCAACGACAAUGGAUGGGCUUCUGAAGACGUUACGGACGUACAAGAAAUGCCUGAAUUCGAUUUUGAGGGAAGCUUGAAAAAGUUCGACAAGCGCACUUUAUUUUCUGAAAUGCGCGAGAAGGACCAGAUUGAGGAUGCUGCACGUCUAGUAUCCCAUAAUAGGCGGCCAAAGCCGGGCACAGCUGGAGGCAAGAACUUGCAUCCCACCGAGAAUGUGUUGGACAUGCCCUCUCCAGCUUCGAAGCCAGACAAAGCCCCACCAGAUGAUUUCUGGAAGAGCGAGGCCGAUGACGGUAUGCGCAAUGGCAGCGAGCGACUCAGCGGGAGAGAACUUGGAAGCAGGCAGGGCUCCCGCAAAGGCGAAGGCAAGAACUCCGGCCGGAGGUCGCAAUCUAGAAAGGCCAGUGCUACCACCGUGGGUCAGGCGCCAAGCCGGGUGAACUCUGGCGUAAGUGUUCGCGAUGCUGCCAAAGGCAGGCGCAAGGCCAAAAAUGCUGAUCCACAACAGCUGCCGACAGCAGCGUCUUCUGCCGGCUUCUAUGCUGCUCAGAGCGACCGCCGGGUUGAGGUCCUGUCUCCGCUGCAGAUGCUCAAUCUCGAGAACAUAGCACAAAACGAUCUGGGCCUGACGGAGGACAUGAUGACAGAGAACGCCGGCCGUGGAAUUGCUGAAGUCGGUCUCCACACCCUGACGGACCCAGCUCUCAAGGUACGGCUCGCGGCUGCGGACAGCGAUCCGGCCUCAGUCUCACCGACCGUUGUCAUCCUAGCGGGCAACAACAAAUCUGGCUACCGCUCAAUAGCUGCAGGCCGUCAUCUACGAUGCAAAGGAAUUAAUGUUAUCCUGUGCGUGGUCGGCAUAGAAAGAGGAGAGCGGGACCUAUCGGUGGACAUGACCAGACAACUUCGGCUAUUCAAGAACUUCGGUGGCAAGGUGUGCAGCAAGAGCGAACUCUUCGAGCAUGUGAGACAAGCAUCGAUACCUGUCAUCUCGAUGGACGCUCCAAGGAGUGUACGCCCGCAAGCACCGCCUAUGGCGGUAACCCUGAUCAUCGAUGCGCUGCUCGGCCACGUGACGCCAUUUGAGGAUCUGCGCGCGUCGGAACAAGCCACAGUCUACGAGCUCAUCGAGUGGACUAACCGGAACGAGGCAUUCGUUCUCGCCGUCGAUGUCCCGACCGGAAUCGACCACACUACCGGCGAGCCCACGGUGCAAGACGGCCACAGCCUGUACAUUCGGCCGCGGUAUGUCGUCUCCGUCGGCGCGCCGAAGAAGGGUCUCCUGGAGGCGAUAUCGUACGGGGACGCCGAUGAUAACGAGACCGUCACGGGCCACGUGACGGACGACUCUGUUCUCGACUGGAGCUUGUUCCUGGUCGACAUCGGCCUUGGGGCUGCCGUGUGGAAGAGGGCGGGGACCAAGAUUCGCCGCGGGAUCGACUUUGGCAACAAAUGGGCCCUGCAGAUCAAGUAUCGAUCAACGGAGCUGGACCAGGCUGAGGAGUAA